UCCUUCUAGUCUUUCUUGUGGGAUUUUUGAGUAGCAUAAGAGUUGGAGAAUCAUGAAAAUUUUCAGGAUUUUGAUUCUGCUGGGCCUCCUGUUUGGCUCUGUUGUUCUGGUCUCCUCCGCUGUUGAAGCUGAGACAACCAAAGAUGAGAAGAAAGCUUCAACAAAAGAUGAGAAGAAAGUGGAUGAGCCAAAGGAAGUUAACCAAGGUGGAGGUGGCAGAUAUUGUGGCCGGUGUUGCUAUCACUAUGGCCGUUACACUUGCGGCGGACAGUGUUGUUGGCCUGAAGAAUCAGAAGCGGUUGAGAAUGAGCCAAAGCAAGUUAACCAAGGUGGAGGUGGCAGAUAUUGUGGCCGGUGUUGCUAUCGCUAUGGCAGCUACACUUGCGGCGGACAGUGUUGUUGGCCUGCUGAGCAGUCCGAAGUAGUAGUUACCGAGGACAAUUUUGAAACAAAGCAGCCUGAUGGAUAUGGCGGCUGGGGAGGAGGGGGGACGGGUGUGCGGCGGCGGCUGGGGAGGAGGGGGACGCGGUGGCAGCGGUGGCGGGGGCAGGGGAGGAGGGGGACGCGGUGGCGGUGGAAGCGGGGGCAGGGGAGGAGGGGGACGAGGUGGCGGUGGCGGCGGGGGAAACUGAAGCCAUAUGCCUAGGUAUAGGCUCGAAGCUAGACCAACAACUUAAUAUAUAUAAGAGUCUACAUGUGCACAUGUACAGAGUUGUAGAAAAAUAUGAAUAAGCUCCGUGCAUACAUGUAUAUAGGAAUGGGAUCAUGUAGUAUAUAUGCACAAGCAUGAGAGCAUGGCAUACGUGUCAAAUAUCACCACCGAUAAAUUUGACCCUGGCCAGCUCCAAGGACUGAUGAUAGUCCAUGGAGCUCUUUCAUGUGUUAAAUAUGUGUAGUUUGUAGCCUUUGUACUCAUGAAGGGUAAUGUUAUAUGAAGCUAUAUAUGUACUACUCUUUCUAAUAGUACAUUGCAAAUGA